AUGGCGGGGCGAAGCCUUUUCCCCUCCGAUCAGUCAGGGGCGAGAAUCGCGGGAAGGCGGCGCUGCCGCGGGGCCAAUGGGCGUGAGCGGCGGCGGAGGAGCGGCGGCUGCGGCUGCGGCGGCUGCGGGAGCGCGUCCUCCACAGUAGCAGCAGCAGCAGCACUGUGCAAGCACAGAGAUCCAAUGGAAUUCACCUGCAGCCUCCUCUUUGUCCUCCUCUUCCUCACAGCCCUGCAUGCCGGGGGUGCCCAGGCUGCUACAUGGCGAAGGAGAGGAGCAGGUGAGGCUGACAAGAAAGAUUACCCACCUUUUCCAGUGGAUGUUGUGCUGGAGAAACUUGGAGAUCCCAGAGGUGAGGCUGACAGGAAUGAUUACUCACAUUCUCCGGCAAAUGUUGUGCUGGAGAAACUUGGAGAUCCCAGAGGUGGGGCACACAAGAAUGAUUACCCACCUUUUCCAGUGGAUGUUGUGUUGAAGAAACUUGGAGAUCCCAGAGAUGAGGUCAACAGGAACGAUUACCAACCUUCUCCAGCAGAUGUUGUCCUGGAGAAAUUGGAAGAUCCCGGAGACUUGCCCGCGGUGAAGACAUUCCCAGCCUAUCGUCUGGAGGAAGCGCUGAAGCCUGGCUGGCGGCGCAGGGGUUCUGCACCACGCAAGUCCCAGCGCAAACAAAGAAAGUUCCUGAAUGUGCCGAAACUCAUCGGGGACAUCCUGAAGGAGAUGAAGGCAGACCACGGGCCUGAGCUACGGGAUAUUCAGAACAUGUUUCUGACGGGAAAAGGCUACCAGAGACACUUUGGUGAAGAAACAGUCACGAAUAAAGCCAUGGGCAUGCCAGAUGUGGACUACAAGAAUACCCAAAGGGGAAAAGCACAUGAGAAGGAAACCCCAAAUGUGAUGUGUCCCGAAGACUUGCGAUGGCAUUGUAUGAUAGGCACAGCAGUGGCUCUGGUCUGCAUCCCUCUGGUACUGGUGAUCUGCUGGAUCAGUAUCCGCUGGUGGAUGAAUCGGCACUUCAAGAAGGAAUCUACCCAAACGCAGCAGCACAUUGACCGCCUGAUCCAGACUGGGGUCAGUCAGUUCAUGCGUCACUGAGUGGGACCCAAAGGCUGGAGGAGCCACUGCAGCCUGGAGCAGCAGCCCCUCCCUACAGCCCUGUGUUCCCCAGCCCAGCACCAGCCCACCUGCAGCACCAAACUUAGCCUGAACCUAAACCACCCUCACCCAGCCCAAACCCUCUGCCUCAGGGUUCCAGCAAGGCCUGAGGCUGGCAACACCAGGGAAGGGCUGGGCCGUGUGCUGACCCAAACCUACCCUUUAGCCCUUAGCAGAUGAAGAAAUAGAAGAGAAAUAGAUAUAGAAACAUAGGAGAAUGUAUG